UUCCCAGCAUGCAUCUCGAAAUUAUAUAGCCAUCUUGUCGGGAGGUGAAAUUUUUAGAUUUUCUGUUUCCGAAGUCUGCCAGUUAGAGUUAGCCAUAAACUUUCAUUUCUAACCGUUUUCGUAGUUGUUUUGUUAGUAUGCCCGAAUCUAGUCGCUGAGUUUAGUGCCAUAGGAGGCGGUGUUUCAAAGCGCUCGUUCAGGAUGUGUUUGAUACUUAUAUGUAGGUAGAGAAGUGAGAGGCAGCAGGGGGAGUGAACGCAGCCGAAUCUACGACAGCGGCCUUACACACACACACCGCCCUUCUGGAUCACCAGCAUAUGAGGAUAAGUUAAUAACCAACACGUCAUCUUUCAUACACCGCUUGUGGAGGUUGUUUUCGUCCGCCGUUCACGCGUCGAAAAUGCAACAGGAGAGAAGAGGAAGACUGAUGACGCGCGAUCAUCUCGAAAAACUGUGAAAUUUCGGGUCCGGUGCCGCAACAAUCUGCUGUUUUGUGAAGUCAACAGCGUCUUUAAGGGGUCUCGGUGUCAUAAAAAGCUGUUCAGCAUGUCGAAGAUGCCGGCCAAGAAGAAGAGUUGCUUUCAGAUCACGAGUGUGACUCAGGCUCAAGUCGGGGCCAACAGCGCGACCGACGACACCGAGAGCCUGGACGACCCGGAUGAGUCCCGGACAGAGGACGUGUCCUCCGAGAUAUUUGACAUGUCCAGGACUGACUAUGAGCCUGAGGUCUGUGACAUGAGCUCCUCGGAGGAGACUUUGAAUAAUGUGUGUGAAUCAGAGGGGCAGUUGCCCGCUGCCGCCCCCGUGAACGGUGGGUUUAUCCCGCGCAACAGCCUGGGUCACCAGGGCAUCCAGGCCUCUAGUGCUCAAGCGGCGGGCACGUCUCAAGUCACAAAUUCAUCAAGUGCGACGACCGUAACCAGCUGCAGUUCACGCUUCAGGGUCAUUAAGCUUGAUCAUGGCACCGGAGAGCCCUUCAGGAGGGGCCGGUGGACCUGUAUGGAGUAUUAUGAGAAAGACACGGAUGGCUCUGUGAUGAGCAGGACUGUGGAUAGUAUAAGGCACACCAAUGUGACGGAGCCCUUAGCGGAUAGGGACAGUGGUCUCGGGGCCACCGUCGGCUCCGUAAUGGCUCAGGUGGCACCUGACGCAGGUAGCGACGGGUCAUCUUUCACCGGCCCGGGUUCCUGUUCACCUGAGACCUUUAGUAAUAAGCCAGUGCCUCCGUCUUCUCAGCAGCAGGUGCUGGGAAACUCUCAUGUCGCUGUCCCGCACAGUCUCCAUCAUGAUGGAGGACACCCGGGUGCCCACCUUCAGAAAUCUCCCAGCAUCCCUCCUCCUCAACUUUAUCAACCCCAGUCUAGUGCACACCACCUGCAAAGCCAACCAGCUCAGAUAUCAGCCGGUCAGCCUGAAUACACCCAGAGUAACAUGCCUACAGUCACCCAGACUCACCCCGGAGCAAGCCUUUCUGUCGGACAUGCCGUCAGUCAGGGGUCGUCCCCCGGUCCGACCCCAUCCGCUGGAGGGAUGCAGGUUCUGGGUACAGUGGAAAGCCCCGGAGUCCCUGGAGGUGUUCCCUUAGGAAGCCAGCCGGUGUCAUCUGUCCCAAACCUGGUGCAGCAUGUGGGGCUGUUGAGCAGCAUCAGCCCUAUAUCAAUUCAGCAAUCACCAGUGGGACAAUACCAGGCCUCAGGCUUGUCGACGCCGCCGCAAAGCACUCAGAACAUGCCCGCAGCACCAGGGACGGUCGGAGUAGGUGGCGUGCCAGCCUUGAGUUUGCUCACUGCUCUGCCAGGAUCGGCAACAGUACCCAACCUUAAUACCUCUGCACACAGCCAGGUUCCUCGCAGCGGGACGGCAGCGGGCAUCGGCUCUCCUGCCAUGGGUUUCAGUCAGACGGAUGAGAGCCGGAGGAUGUCUGAUGCAUCGGCACAGAUUCACAGCACAGACAUGAUGAAGCCCUUAAUCACAGAAGGCCUGCAGUUGUCCAGUCCGGCUGUCAACAGUCUUUUCGGAAUAUCCAUUCCCAUUGAUGGGGAGGACGACAGGAAUCCCUCCACAGCUUUCUACCAAGCUUUCCAGUCUGGCAGUAGGCUGAAGGACUCAAAGAUGACCUGUGAUAGUGCCUCUGGAGCAAGUGUGGUCGCCAUUGAUAAUAAAAUAGAGCAAGCAAUGGAUUUAGUGAAAAGCCAUCUGAUGUAUGCCGUGCGGGAGGAGGUGGAGGUCUUGAAGGAGCAGAUAAAGGAGCUCUUUGAGAGAAACUCUGUGCUGGAGCGAGAGAACGCUGUGCUCAAAUCUCUAGCCAACAGCGAGCAACUCUCCCAACUCACCGUCCAGCCCAACUCCAACCCAUCCAACUCUCCCUCCCAGCUUGGGCCCGUCCCGGGUCAGGCCCAGUCCCAACUUCAGCCUUACCUCCAGCUAGACGCCAAUACGACCUUGGACUCCCUGCCACGACAACCACAGCCCAACGUCACCUCCGCCUGAAGCCUGUGCGAAUGACGCAUAUAUCGUUACAACAGCAGAAAACCUGUCUCGUUCACUACUUCGCUGAGCGCGCAUGAUGUCGGCCAUCGUGACGGGCGAGGGGCGUUUUCUGCUCGGGCGCAACAUGCUAGCAUGCCUGUGGACCCACGGUCUUGAUCGGGGCUCCCGCACGGCCCAUUCCCCCCUGGACGAGGUGGAGAGUUUGUGAGGAGAGUUAUUUUUUUAAUAAAGAGAAUCCAGCCAUGAAAGCGGUGUAUUUUUUAGCAUUGCAGUUUUCAUGUUGUAAGAAGCGAGAGUCUAUUUUCAGAGCCACCGUACUUCACAUGAUUUCGAUUCACCUGUCAAGUUCAAUUGUACUGUUUGUUAUUUAUUAUAGGGCUGCUAUUUUCAGAGAGGAACAAUGUCACAGAU